AUCGGAUCAUUGGGAAAUAAUAUGGAAUGCAGACAUUGAUUUGAUUUUUUAACACAGUGUCUGAAGGUUUAACAAGGAGUACUUUGAAAGAUGAGUGGGAAGACUUUGGAAGAACUCGCGGAGGCUGUGGCAAAAUUAGAUAGGUACUAUCUGAUGAAUCUGAGCUUCAAUAAGCCGCCUCAGUUCAUUUUAGACGUAAUGACGGCAGCCAUGCUUCUUAUAGGGGAAGAGAACCCGACAUGGGCCACGAUCAUGCGCAAUUUGCCAAGGACAGAUGGUAAAGGAUUGAUGGAGAUGGUGGUAGAAUACGACCCCAGUGAUGUUUCAGACGCAACAAAGGCCAAGGCCAGGGACUUGCUUUCGAAGUACACACUGGAACACAUGCGUUUUCCCUUCACCGCCACAGUGUUUGAAUGGGCCAUGUCAGCAGUUAACGCCUAGCUACAACUAGCCAAAUGACUGUGUUAUGGAACUAGGUGUUCAUAAUUUGGUAGGAAAUGACAGACCGGCGUGCUGUAGAAAUUUCGGAAAGAAAAAGAAAGACAGAACGCAUGCGUGCUCAACGAGAGACUUUUAUAUUGAACAACAUGUUUUGCUUGUUAUUUUAAGGGCUUGUCUGUUAUUUUAUUUCAUUGGAUUAUUUAGAAGAAACAAGUAAAUGAUUGAUGAAGACGUUACUGUAAAA